CUUCACCUGAGAGACAACCUGCCUCCUCUUCUACAUAUACUCUUCCUCCAUCCAUUCAUAUAUCCCUCCAUCUCACCAACAGAUCUACGAGGAAGAGAAAUACGAAUUGAGAGAAGGAGGACAAACAGAGAGAAGAGCCCAAAACGAUAAAACAGAGGACAGACAGUCAAACAACAAGGGAAGAAUUUAACCACAGAGAGAGUGACAACAGACAGAGAACAUGCUCUUCAAAGUACAGAGAUCCUUCAGACCCAUGUCUGCUACACUGAGAGGACUCCACCAGUCUGCCCUGGAAGUGAUACAGCGUCCAGCAUCAGAGGACAGUGUGACGGACAGUUUUGGACAGUUUAUCCAGGGUGUCCAGCCCCACCACCUGACCCCCACCCUGCUCCACCGUAGCAAGAGGAUGGUUCUGGACUCCAUUGGAGUGGGACUACUGGGCAGCACCACACACGUCUUCCAGCUGGCCCUACAACACUGUCAGCACAUGUAUGCUCCCGAUGACGUCAGUUCUGUUUACGGACGCAGAGGAACCAGACUCUCCCCAACCCUUGCUGCCUUCGUCAACGGAGUGGCCACCCACUCCAUGGACUUUGACGACACCUGGCACCCUGCUACUCACCCAUCGGGGGCGGUCCUUCCUGCCCUACUGGCAGUCAGCGAUAUGCUGCCCAACAACAGAAAGCCUAGUGGGCGGGACUUCCUGUUGGCCUUCAACGUUGGGAUAGAGGUCCAGGGACGCCUGAUGAGGUUCUCCAACGAGGCUCAGAAUAUCCCCAAGAGAUUCCACCCCCCCACCGUCGUGGGUACUCUGGGUAGUGCUGCAGCCUGCGCCCGCCUCCUCUCUUUGGAACGCUCUCAGUGCAGCCACGCCCUGGCCAUCGCUGCCAGCCUAUCAGGAGCCCCCAUGGCGAAUGCGGCCACCCAGUCUAAACCCCUCCACAUCGGAAACGCUGCGCGGCUGGGCCUGGAGGCGGCUCUGCUGUCCUCAAUAGGACUGGAGGCCUCUCCUAGGGUCCUGGAUGACACUUCCGGGGUCGCGGGGUUCAGUGCCUUCUACGAGGACUACGCCCCACAGCCUUUGACCUCUCCAGAGGAGGCGGGAUUGCGGUUCCUACUGGAGGACCAGGACAUGGGGUUCAAGAGGUUCCCGGCCCACCUGGGGAUGCACUGGGUGGCCGACGCUGCUGCCUCAGUGCACAAGCUACUGCUGGGGGAGCUGGGGUCACAGGGGAUGGGGCGAGGGUCACAGGUCGUAGGUCAGGUGCAGGACAUCUUGCUGAGGGUUCCCCACUCCAAGUACAUUAACCGUCCAUUCCCGGAGUCGGAGCAUCAGGCCAGACACUCCUUCCAGUUCAAUGCCUGCUCUGCACUGCUGGAUGGGGAGGUCACCGUGUUGUCAUUCUCCCAGGAGGCACUACAGCGACCCGACCUGCUGGCCUUGCUGGGGCGUGUCCGCGUUGAGCAUCCCCAUGACAACCCGGCUAACUUUGACAACAUGUAUGGCGAGGUGCAGGUGACGCUGGUGGGUGGAGAUGUGCUGAAGGGACGCUGUGAUACUUUCUAUGGUCACUGGCGCAACCCGCUGACCAAUGAGAGCCUGAAGAAGAAGUUCUGUAGCAACGCUGGUGCGGUCCUACCUAGGGAAAAGGUGGAGGGGCUGAUUGAGGCUGUAGAGGGCCUGGACAGUCUGGAGGACUGCUCUCCUCUACUGGCACAGCUGCAGUGAAACACACACACAUCACAGACGUGCACACACACACACAAAUAUACACCUCAUCACAUCACUCUUUUCUGACCAGCUGAUCUUUCUGCAUUUCACAUCAGGUGUCUAUAGAUAUAUACAGGCCAUGAGCUUGCAUCUUCAGGUGUGCAUGACUUACGUUGGUUUUGGAUGUUCUGUUUGCCAGUGGUGUAAAGUAGUUAAGUAAAAAUACUUUAAAGUACUACUUAAGUAGUUUUUUGGGGUAUCUGUACUUUACUAUUUAUAUUUUUAACAACUUUUCAUUUUAUUUCACUACAUUCACCACAACAUAGUGAAUGGCAGCACAGCCUAGUGGUUAGAGUGUUGGACUAGUAACCGAAAGGUUGCAAGAUCGAAUCCCUGAGCUGACAGGGUACAAAAUCUGUUGUCCUGCCCCUGAACAAGGCCGUUGUUGAAAAUAAGAAUAUGUUCUUAAUACUGACUUGCAUAGUAAAAUAUAGUAAAAUACGUUCUGCUAACCAUGUGUAAGUGACAAAUAAAAUUUGAUUUGAUUUGAUUUGAAUGCUUAACAGGACCAAAAAAUG